UCAUCGAGCAGGAGGUUGACAUUUGGGGCCAAUGGGGCUGGAUUCGAAUCCGCCUGGGGGAAGAAACCUGGACCAUUAUGACUGUGUACGUCCCGUCCGAGCCAGCAGAGCGGAGAUCCUUCCCGGAGGAGCUCCCUCCCAUUGUCCCAGAGGCAGACAACCUGCUGUUGGCUAGAGACCUCAACCUAACGUUGUCUCCCGGUCUAGAUUCUCCAGAUGUAGCGCCGAGGAAGACCGAUGCAAUUAUGCUGGCGAACUUCAUGAUGGAGAGGGGGCUUACAGACACAUUUCGGACUACGCAUCCGACUACAUCUGGUUACGCAUGGUUCUCCUCCCAGAGAAUCGGAGACAGACCUCCACCGAAGAGGAGACUAGAUUUGGUCCUAGCCAAAGGAACCCCAUGCGAAGCCCUAACAACUAUAGAAAGGACAAUAGAGUCGAUGUUUGAUCAUAGGCCACUGGUCGCUUCCUUUGAGCUGGCGGAACAGCUGAUCCGUGGCCAAGGCACCUUUCGUCUCAAUACGGACCUUUUGAACGUACUGGGCGUCACCGACUGGAUAGCUGCACAUUGGAGGGACUGGAAGCGGACAAAGAGUGGAUUUCAGUCGGAGGAAGAAUGGUUGCAGAUUGGUUUCAGAAUCGUCACUAGAGCAUUGGACACCUUCUCGAGGAUGCAGGCAAGAGGACGCAGACAACAGGAGGAAGAAUGUAGAAGGCAGAUUGCAGAAGCAGAGGCGGAGUUGGAAAACGCUCUGCUGGUUGAGCUCUAUUGGCAGCACAGGAGAGACAGGUGGCUGCAGAAGCUAGAGGACCUACAGAUACGAAACGCUAUCCCCCCGCAUUGGAGGGAUUUACUGUACUCAAAAGAUCCGGUGGAAGGAGAGUGGUAUCAAAGAGCAGAAGAAGAAGAGCCCAGGGCCACUUUGCGGAUGGUGGAAAAGCUGGACGACCAUACUUGGCUUGCACAAGAAUGGUUACCAGAGCUAACACAGGCCACAAACAACAACAAGCUCAAGCUGGUCGGAGACAUAGUAACGCACCCAAAGCAGAAGCUGCAGCAGGUUCGUGUUCACACCACAGCCACCGAAACCGGUGCCUCCCACGAGCUUCUCAUGCAGGGCCUGCCACUGAGAACGCUCAGAAUCGACCCGCAAGCCCACUUCUGGAAGUCAACAGCUGGACAAACAAAGUACCUCUAUCAGUACACAUCCAGGCUGGGAAGGCAACUCCAGAGCAAAGCACAGGACCUUCCGAAGGAGGUGGCACAGAGGCUAAACAAUGCCACGGGUGCGCCACAAAGGUCAACAGAAGGGAGCCUCCGAACGCUAUGGGAACAGUUACCAGCGCUCCCAUCGCAGAAACUUGCAGGGCUUUCGUGGCAGCUAUCACAAUGCGCGAUCCCAACAGCUGUUUUGCUGUUUGAAAAAGGAAUGGACAUUGAAACCAAAUGUCUGCGAUGCGGCGGCAUGCAAGAGGAGACAUUGAACCAUCUGUUCUGGUCAUGUCCCGCCUCUAAGCGCAUCUGGCAAUGGUGGGAAAGGCACUGGUACAGAUUUGUUGGUCCGCUGCUGGCAUGGGAUGAAACCUGGGCAAUCCAAGGCCACAUUCCACCUACUUGGUUUAGAAGAGUGGACAGAGGGUAUGUAGCACAAGCAAUUCGCUCCAUACUCCUGUGGGUUAUACGGGAGGACCGCAACAACAUCCUGUUCAGGCAGCAGUGGACUAAUGACGCGGCAAUCAUCAAGAAGAUCAAGGCAUGGAUACGGAUUAUGAUCCGUGUUGACUGGAUCCGAAGAGCAGCAUGAGGUCGCUCAUCCAGAGGCAGACGCUGGUUUCUGGUCACUUGGGCCAGAGACAACAAGCUCGCAGCAGUAACGCAUGCAGGCAGACUGGU